AGUGAUCAACAGAGAAAGGACAGGUGCACAGAGAGAUGGGGCCAAAAACCCAGAGAGGGAUAGACUUAGAGACCCCGAGGUUGGGGGAGACAGAGAGACUCAGAGAGGGGAUAAAGGCCCAGAGAGAAGGAAACAGAGAUCCAGAGAGGGGAGGACAAGAAACCAAGGGCCAGGAAGCGGGGACAGAGAUGGAUGCAUAGAUGGCAGAGCUUAGCAGGCAGUGAGGUCAGAGUGUCUGUGAGGUCAGCUGCUGUCCAGGGCCAGCCUGGGUUACUGGUGCCCAGAAUAAGUGGGUACAAGUAGAUCCAGAGUCCUUGUGGGCUCCCCAACCUGAGCCACGGAGGCCUGGGAGGGACUGCCUAGAGUGUCCUUGGUGUCCACAAAUUCCAAGGCCCCACAGGUACUGGUGUGUGUGUCCAAGUGGCGCAAGUGAGGGAGAAAGGGGCAGAGACAGAGAAGAAAGACACCUCAUGUGAAGAAGGAGGGGUGGGGCUCCGCCCCAAGAACUUCCUCUUUCUCUGUGUUCUUCCUUUCUCUUUCUCUCAGCCUCUCCUUCUCUCACAGCUUCUUUCUGCCGUCUACCACAGUGCCAACUCCUCUUCUGUUCACUCACCCCUCUAGGUGAAGAUGUCGGCCCAGGACAGCUGCCUCAGUUUCAUCAAGUACCUCCUCUUCGUUUUCAACCUCUUCUUUUUCGUCCUAGGCAGCCUGAUUUUCUGCUUUGGUAUCUGGAUACUCGUGGACAAGACCAGCUUCGUGUCCUUUGUGGGCUUGUCCUUCAUGCCCCUGCAGAUCUGGUCCAAGGCCUUGGCUAUCUCAGGAAUCCUCACCAUGGGCCUUGCCCUCCUGGGCUGUGUGGGAGCCCUGAAGGAGCUCCGCUGCCUCCUGGGCCUGUAUUUUGGGAUACUGCUGCUCCUGUUUGUCACGCAGAUCACCCUGGGGAUCCUCAUCUCCACUCAGCGGAUCCGGCUGGAGCGGAGGAUGAAGGACAUUGUGCAGGAGACGAUCCGGAACUACCACGCCAACCCGGAGGAGACCGCAGCCGAAGAGAGUUGGGACUACGUGCAGUUCCAGCUGCGCUGCUGCGGCUGGAACUCUCCUCAGGACUGGUUCCAUGUCUCCAGCCUGAGCGGAAACGUGUCGGAGGGGUACCGCCUGCCCUGCUCCUGCUAUAACUCAUCGGCGACCAACGACUCCGCAAUCUUCUUUAAGAUCUCCCUCCCCCAGUUCAACCCGCUCCGACCACAGGAGCGACCAGCACACAGUACGGACAUUUGCGUGGUCCCUGCAAACAGCUACACCUAUCGUGAGGGCUGCGCGCGGAGCCUCCAGAAGUGGUUGCACAACAACCUCAUCUCCAUAGUGGGCAUUUGUCUGGGCGUCGGUCUACUCGAGCUCAGCUUCAUGUCGCUCUCCAUAUUCCUGUGCAGAAACCUGGACAAAGUCUACAACAGGCUGGCUCGGUACCACUAGGCCACACCCUCCCCAAAGUCCCACCCUGACCCUUUCAAGUGCCCUGGGCACUUACUUCCCUGUCCCCUGUAAAUAUUUGCUUAAUCCCCAGUUCUCCCCAGCCACUGAGCCCUCUGCCUCCUCAAUUCCCCCCGGGGACCCAGGUGUUGCCUGCCUCACUGCUGUCACCUCUCCCACGGGAACUGAGGCUUCCGGCCACCAGCUUCCUGCCCCCAAAGAUACCUCAUUUCCUUGCCUCAUCUGUAGCUUACCACUUCCCACAAGAUUAUUUUUCACCCAAACCCCAAAUAAAUCCCCUGUGUUUUGGUAAAA